AUGUACUCCAGAGCUUACAUCUUGCUGGAAAGAGAGUUCAAGGAGUUACAGAACAAGAGAAAUGAGGGCUUCACUGCUUUUCCUACAAGCGAAGACCUGAUGCGCUGGGAAGCUCAGAUCAAAGGGCUUCAAAAUUCCAUCUGGGAAGGAUUUGCUUUCCACUUGACAAUACAUUUUACACCAGAGUACAACCUUGUUCCUCCAGUUGUGAAAUUUAUAACAAUUCCUUUCCAUCCAAAUGUAAACCCACGUACCGGUCAUCCCAGUAUAGACUUUUUGGACAACCAGGAGAGCUGGAACACAAAUUACACAAUAACCAGCAUCUUACAUGCUAUACAGACGCUGCUUUCUAACCCUGUCCUAGAAAAGCCAGUGAAUUUGGAAGCAGCCAAGCUGUUGGCUAAAGAUGAGUCUAUGUACAGAGUAGUAGUUCAGAAACUUUUCCAGCAAGCACCACCAGUAAAGGAGGGCAGCCUAGAGCUUUCUGAAAAGCCACAAAGGUCUAUCAGAUUAAUUAAGAAAAUCUCAUUUAAUGAUUACUACAAGACAUGGUCUACGAUAGCCACAUCACAAACAGCAGAACACUCCAGAAAUCCAUUUGUUGGAGAUCCAAAAUUCAUGGGACAGUAUUACAAAUGGAAGCAACAAAAUCGACAGAAUUAUAUACAAUGGAAGCUGAAGUUUGAGCCCACUAAGUAUCGGUUUGCUAGAGAAAAUAAAUCGUCAGGGCGCAGUAGAGAUCACUUCGAUCAAAGAACGGUUGGCUCAUCCUCAUCUCCAAAAAGUGAAUCAAGGUUUUAUGAACUAGGACAGAAGUGGAAAAAUGAAAAUUGGUCAGAAGAAGUUGAGUCAAACGAAUCAUGGGAAGAUGAAGUGGACAACCUGGUCGCCUGGACCAGUGCUCUUGAUGUAGACUCUUUGAACUAUGGUGAUUAA